ACUGCGUGGUUAUCACAACGCUUUCAAGUAUCUCUAGUUAAUUGGCUGCAGCUCUCCAACGUCAAAAUGGAUAAGGAGCAGUUGGACUUGCUGAAGGACUUUGUCAAGCUGUGUGAGAAAAAUCCAAAUGUUCUUCAUCUACCGGAGUUGAACUUUUACAGAAUAUGGUUAGAAGGAUUAGGUGCCAAGCUACCUCCAUACAAACCUAAAGAGCCUGAGGCUGCUGACGGUGCAGGAGAAAAACCUGCUGAACCAGAAGAACCCACAAAGCCAAAAACACCCGAGGCGGAGCCAGAACCAGAGCCAGAACCUGAGCCUGAAAGUGAAGAAAGUGAAAUCGAGUUAGACAACACUGGUGUUUUGGAGAAUGUAGAGGAUGAUGGUGAACCUAAAGAGGAGAUUGAUGAAACUGUAGAGGUAACAGAGGAAAUGAUGGAUGAGGCUGAUGUCAAAAGGUCUCAGGCCACAAAAGCGUUCAGAGAAGGUCGUCAUGAGGAGAGUUUAGGGCUCUUCACAGAGGCCAUAAAGAAGAACCCACACACAGCAUCGCUCUAUGCUAAAAGGGCCAGCGUCUACGUAGCCAUGCAGAAGCCAUAUGCAGCCAUUCGAGACUGUACAAAAGCUAUAGAGCUGAAUGCCGACACUGCACAGCCUUACAAAUGGAGAGGGAAGGCAUACAGGUUGUUAGGCAAAUGGGAAGACGCCUAUCAUGACCUUACCACAGCAUGUAAACUAGAUUAUGACGAGGAGGCAAAUGCCCUUUUGAAAGAGGUAACACCGAACGCUUUGAAGAUUCUGGAACAUAAACGGAAGUACGAGAGAAAGCACAAGGAAAAAGAGAUCAAUCAAAGGAAGGAGCGAAUUAGGAAGGCCAGGGAGGAAUAUGAGAAAUCGAAACAGCAAAGUUCAUCUGGAGCAGGCGCUGGAGGCUUCCCAGGGGGAUUCCCAGGUGGUAUGCCAAGUGGAAUGCCGGGGGGAUUCCCAGGUGGAUUCCCAGGUGGUAUGCCAGGAGGGUUUCCGGGGGCAGGUGGAGCAGGGGCUGGAGGGGCCAUGCCUGAUAUCUCAAAGCUGCUCAGUGACCCUGAGAUCCUAACAGCAUUCCAGGACCCUGAAGUGGCAGCUGCCUUCCAGGAUAUCAGUACCAACCCGGCAAAUGCUGCCAAAUACAGCGACAACCCCAAGGUGCAAACUCUCAUCAACAAACUUGCCAACAAGUUUGGAGGAGCCCCACCAGGAGGAGCCUCUGCUUAAUUUGUUCUUCGUGUCCUGCCAUCCCCAGGGAAGGAGGCGGCCUUCUACAACCACAGCUCAUCUGGUGCAGAUCUACUUAACAGUUACAGUCCUCCAUUGAUGGACUGGCUAUACAGAGUUCUGUCCCCUUUUUUGAUUUGCAGUAUUUUGGUAGAAAUAAUAACUGAUAGAUGUACUAAGUCAGAAAUGACAAGUAAUCUUGUUGAUUCUUUUUUGUCUGGUGGUUACAGAUGAUUAGAUAACCUGUCUAAUGUGUUGUCCUCGUGCUUUGAUUCUAAAUGUACUAUGUACUAUGAUAAAUGUUGGAGAGCAGAAUUUGGGAGAAUGUGUGCUAAUUUGGGGAACUUUUAUUUCUUCCAUUUUCUGUUUUUACGUGCCAUUUUGUCGUAAUCUUUGACUGAAAUAUUUCUAAGUUGUCAAUAUUAAUAAGUCUUAAAAAGGUUCAGCUAAAACAUUGUUUUGCACAUAUUAUAAGAUAGUGUUUGUCUCUUGACUGAGGAUUGGUGUAUUAUCAGUUUGUUCUACAGGAUUUUAAAGAUUUUAUGAAUCAGGUGUAAUAACUUAGUGCUAAAACUCUGUGAAUUGUACUUUGGGCAUGAGCUUGAUAUGAUAACGCUGAAGUAAUGAAAAUAAAGAGCGCUAUGCAUCAAGACACCUUAGCAUUGUUACAUUCAUUAUAGGCUUGUGGUAUUAAGACACUUACUGUAGGAUUUGUUGAAACUACAUGUACAUCUGUGGGUGCCAUGAAUGAGUUUGAGAUUUUUUGUUCUGGUUUGGCAAGCUUAACAAAACAGGUUGUUGUCAAAAGACAGCUGUGUGUAUUUGGUAGAUUUUGUAUUAGAUCAUGCCAUAUUUUAAAGUUGGAAUUGUAUUAUUUCUGCAAUGAUGCCUUCAGAAGUAUUGAGUAGAAUUGACUUGGUAAUACACAUACUUGAAAUAUCACAAUCGUAAUGUGUACCUUCUCAGAUGAUCUUGUUAAUGUUUUGUGUUUUAAUGUGUACUAAAACUAGUAUCAUUUCCUUGUGGCAUUUCAGUGUUGGUUAACUAAAUAUUCAUGUACAACAUUAUGGACAAGUAGUUUUGAAUGUGACCUUUGUUAAAGUCAGAGUAUGGUGAAUGUACUUCAAAGCACAUGUACUGUUAUUGUUCUUAUUGUUUCAUUAUUAUCUUAUUGUUACAGCAUUAAGGUAAAUGAACUAUUGGGAUCUGUGCUGUGUACUCCGUGCACUUCCUCUUUCUGUAUGAAAUCUAGUCCACGCCUUACCUUUAUUCAACUUGUGUGUGGCCAUCGGUGCCGUCAAGAGAUUUACCAGUGAAGACAUCUACUUCGUUGCUGUUGUCCAUCUUGCUAAGUUCAGAUUACAUGGUCUACUCAUAUGUGUGUACAUUGUUCAUUUGGACAUCAAAUAGAUACAAAAACACAUUUCUGAUUUGCUUAGGAUUUCUCUUUAGCAGACAUCCUUUAGGAAAUUUAGUGUCUAAAUGUUCGCAAGAGUUAAAGAGGCUAUCAAAGAAAUAUUAAUCAGAUUAUUGGGAAUAGAAUCUGUUUGCUGAAUUAGCAACAAUUGUUUGAAUUCAGUACAUUUUAGUAUGCAGGUAACCUCAUCUCCAUGUGUUCCGUCUUCUUUCCUCCAUAAUUUUGUCAAACGUUAAAACAACUUUUUUGUAUUAAAGAUGCAUACAGAGGUGUUGUAUGGAAUAUGCACACUUUCACAGAAAUAAAGCUCCAUGUUUCAAGUUCA